UGGGGAAGAUGGCGGACAGGCGGCGGCGACGCGCCUCUCAGGACACUGAUGAGGACGAUGAGGACGUGCCCCGGUCGGACGUGGAAGCUGCCCCUUCCGUCGCUUGCAUCCUGGAUUUAUCCGGCGUGCAGGCUCGUGAGGCCGAGUCUGAAUGCGAGAGUGAAGAUGGCAUAGAAGGUGAUGCUGUUGUGCUUUCAGACUAUGAAAGUGCUGAAGAGAAUGGUUCUCAGAAAUCUGGAGAUGAAGAAGAAGUGGAAUAUAGUGAAGAAGAUGUUCCAAAAGAAGAAAUAAAAUCAAGCAAUGAAGGGGAUAAAGAUGAGUCCUCUAAGGAAGGAAAAGCUGAAGACAAAAGAGAGAUUACUGGAGAAAGACAGAGCGGAGAUGGACAGGAAAGUGCAGAACCUAUUGAAAAUAAAAUAGGUAAAAAGAACAGAAGACAACUAGAUGAUGAUGAGGAUCGAAAAAACCCAGCCUAUAUCCCACGGAAAGGACUCUUCUUUGAACACGAUCUCCGAGGGCACACUGAACCCGAGGAAGUGAGACCCAAAGUCCGCCAGCGGAAGCUCUGGAAAGAUGAAGGACGAUGGGUGCACGAUAAAUUCCAGGAGGAUGAGCAAGCACCUAAAUCCCGAGAUGAACUUAUUUCCCUGUAUGGUUAUGAUAUUCGAUCAGACAGAAAUCCUGAUGAAAUAAGGUCACGAAGGAUAAGGAAGCCAAGGUUUAGAAGUCCUCAAAAUAGAGAGCCUGAUUGGAUGGAUGAGCCACCACCACCAAGAACGUACAUGCGUAAACUUGGCAGUAGUGUUCCUUCCACAAGAACUUUUAACCGAAGAGUGGGAGGUCCAGAGCGGAGAUCUCCAGCGAAGAGCUACUCAAAAAAUGCUGCUUAUAAUGAAGACCGUAUUAAUAUGAAACCAGCUGAAAUAAAUAACUCAAGAAGUUAUCACUCUUCAGGAGAGUUGUCCAUCAGUGAAAAUAAAAUGGAUGUGAAGAAUGCUGAGCAGAGUCAUUUGAGGGAGAGUGUGAUUGUGACAGACAGCGUGCAGUCUAUGAAAAACAAUGGUCUAGUAAAAGAAGAUACCAUUGUGCAGAAUCAGUCCGUCCCUCCUGAGGAUGUGCCGCAGGUACAGGAAAAGAUGAUUGAAAAGAAAUCUUAUUCUCGUAUUCGAAGGACCAGGAAUAAGGUGCCCGAGGUAGGAAAGCCAGUGGUGGUGGAGGACAGUUCUGUACCAGCUUUGGUGUCUCCAGCACAGCAGGUUCCUGUUCAAUCUGUCCCUUCUCCAGUACCGAAAGCAGGCUCAUGGGAAACGCCACCUGUAGACCCUACAAUGACGGGGCUAGAACGUGAAAUGACCCAAAUAAAUUUAUCAGGGAAAAACUGGCCAGCGAGCACUCAACCACAGUAUGUACAACCACGAGAACUUCGAGGAAUCCCCAAUUCAUUACACAUCGGGACUGCUCCAACCCAGUAUAAUCGGGUGGAAGACAUGGGUAACCAAGGAAGACGGGCGAAACGUUACUCCUCUCAACGACAGCGGCCACUACCAGAAGCACCUCCUCCACCGCCACCACCACCACCUCAACAACCAGCACCAGCCCCAGCACCAACCCUCGGACCAGCGCCAGCUCCAGCCCCUGCGCCUAUGCACAUUGGCCUCAUGGAAGGACACUAUUAUGACCCACUACAAUUUCAAGGACCAAUAUAUACCCACAAUGAAAGUCCAGCUCCUCUACCACCUCAAGGCAUGAUUGUACAGCCAGAUAUGCAUCUUCCACAUCCAGUUCCAGGUUUCAAUCACCACCAGUCGCCUGGUCACCUCACCAAUCCAGGUCUCUAUGCUCCACAAGUCCAAAUGCCAGCUGGACAACCACCUCCACCUCAGGUGCUGCCCCCUCCCUUCUUCACUCCAGGAAUGAUGAACUAUGGAAACCCCAGUUAUCCAUACACAACUGGGGGCCUUCCACCUCAUAUUUAUCCAACCACUCAGGCCCAGUCUCAGGUCUUUGGUGGAGUCACGUACUACAACACUGUACAGCAGCAGGCCCUGCCUAAACCAUCACCUCCACGGAGACAAUCGCAGCCUGUUACUGUUAAACCACCGCCACCCGAGGUACUUGAUACAUCCGUCAUCUGGUUUCCAUGCAGCUUAGGUACAACACCAUCUGAAGCUGCAAAAUAUCAUGACACCCGAAGUGAAAAGCUGAAAGAAAGGAAUGAAGCUUAAUGACUGGAGAAGUCUUUUUGUGAAGUGAAACAGAGCGGAUUGCACGUAGAAGUGGACAGAACUGGACUGAUAGCCAGAGUCCUCGGUUUGUGGUGCUGGAUGUCCUGCUGGCCGAGCAGCUUUCUGAAUGUUACCAGCUAUUGUUUGACUCUGGCUGCAGGGCAUGAGUUCUCGAGGCAGGGCAGUGAGCAACUUGACGCCUUCAGCAUUUGUCCUGCAUCUGUUCAUGAGUUGUGGUUCUUUCGCCACUUUCUGCUGGCUGUGUGAAUGGUAACUGCAGCAAACCAGCUGUUGGUUCCACCCAGGUCUGAUUUUGAAUGAAUCCCAUGUGAUCAAGUGCAACUUAGUAGUUCCUAAAAAGUACAGCAAUAACCUCCUGACCACUGAACCUUGACAUUGAUCAAUGUUGACUGAUCUGUGGGUCAGUCUGCUCUGGCCUUGUCUUUCUAUAACUGAUAGUACACAUUUUUCAAUAUAUGAUCCAAUUAUUUCUUGAGUCCAGUGUAUGGUAAUACCUAAUAUGGGAAGACUGAACUGAUUAACUAAAUGGGAAAAGAGGAAAGAUGUAGCCAUAUGCAUUUUAUGUACUGUUUAGGUUUAUGCCUGGCUUUAAAGGUGCUCCUGUAGAGUAUUAGUUUGGAGAAAUUAUUUGUCUGUGUCUCAUUUUGCUUGAUCUUGCUCUUUCUUUGGGGGAAAAAAAAGCCUCAUUGACAAGCUUCACCCAAGUCAGGUGCCAAGGCCAGAGGGCCAUGUUGCACACCUUCCUACGUGUGUGCUGGAGUGAACGGUCCUUUCAUUUCAUAACAAAGUCAGUAAUCAAGGACCUGUUGUGUUCCACUUAAAAAAUCUUUUGCUUUGUAUUAACUUUUGAAAGAAAAUGCGUGUUUUCUCAUGCUGGAAAAUGUGAGGUGCGUGCAAACUGAUGAAGUGCAGUUGGCUUAUGCUAUUUCAAAUCGGAUUGUAUUUCAGUUAAUACCAUCUGCUACCUACUGAGGGAAAGAUGACUUUUUUUUAUCCCAAUGGUAAUUACAAUACCAAUCUGAAAUCUUGAUCUGUUCUAUAAAUAAUGCAUUGUGCAUUUGCUGUACAGGAUAGAGCUGGCAUGAGCAUGUGACUUCACCUCUGUGUCAACUCAUCUAUAUUAUAGCAUUCAUGUUGUAUAAGAGCACUUUACUUAGGGAUAGCCUUGACCUGUUGGUUUGUGGCAAUGUGACCAUUGAUACAGUAAAUAAACACGAGCAGAGAAACAUUUCAGAGAGGGGCAAGCCAGGUCCAGGUGCUGGAAUUUCCACUGACCAAUGAUUUUUAGGUCAAGACUGUGAAAAUUAUUGUAAGUUUAAUAAACAGUUGGGGAUUAUGAGUAGUGAGUUGUAGUGUUGCAUUAUCCAUUCUGCCAUAUGCCGUUGCUUCCCAGGAGGCUGCAGAGGCUGAAAUUGGAUAUUGUAUCACCACAUUUACCAGGCCACAGGCCUAUAUGUUUCUUUGUGUUUACAAAUCUAAACAUUGAUGCUGUUAACCUGGAUUAAUGUGUCUGCUACCCUUGGGGUCUAUCUAGCCUGUAUCUGUUAGGCUGCUUUUGACAGGUUGUUUAUAUGUUAACUGCUGACUAAUAAGUGUGUAAUUAUUCCUUAUAACAGACAUUUUCUAAUCUGAAAGAAAUGUGUCAAGUAUUGCCGAGUGUAAACACUUUCCAAAAUGUUGCAUUUAAAUGUAAUAAAGUUUUUUUUUUCAUUUUUUGCUUUAAAAAGAUUGAAAUGUAUUUGUCAUCUUCACAUUUCACUUGUGUGACUAAUCUAGACCCCCAGAACACUGUGAUGGCUAGUUUUUAACCUUCUUAGAAAUUGAGAUUUGUAAUCAAUAUUUUUGUUGCCAUUUGGUGGACACUGUUUAA